GGGAAGGGGCAGGCAGGAGGAGGUUCCUGGGGCUGGUUGGUUCUGGCAGGCUCCAGGCUACUCCUCUCACUUUGACUUCCACCCUAUGCUUUGAAUGGCUCCUGUGGGUGAUGGGGGCCACCCCUCAGGGCUGUAGGAGAACCCCAGUAACCUGGGGGGAGGGUCAGCCACUGGGCCUGAGGGUAACUGGCUUACUGCUCCAGGGCAAGCGGUUUCUGGACACGUGAGUCCCUCUAGGAUCUGCAGUGGGGCCAUUUUCUUGGGUCAUCUCCAUUUCCCCAUGGGAGGCAGCAUGGUCACCACAGGCCCCAGUGAAUUGUUCAAGCUGGUGCAUGCUGUGCCGGCAGGCACGGGCCUCUGAGCACAGCCUGGCCAGCCCAGGGGGUCUCCUGCGCUGAGCUCCCUUGCUGGGCAGCUACCUAUUUCACCUGCCAGGUGCUCCAGCAGGUUGGGCAGGGCAGGAACCUGCAGUGGCCAGGGGAGGGCUGAUCCAUCACUCCAACCAUCACCUGGUCUGUACUCCAACUUGCCAUAGCCAGGGCCACCUGGCCCAGCCCGACUCUGACACAGCCAGGGCAGUCCAGUCUCGGCCCUGAUCCCGACACAGCCUGGGCAGUCUGGCCCUGAUCUGGAAUCCGUCCAUCCCAUCCUUGCUGCAGCCUGGGAGGCCCAGCCCUGGAGCUGCCCAGGUGAGGAGAGGUGCUGUCCACGAUGCUGCUGUGAGGCGAGAGAGCUGAGGGAGUCAGCGCUCCUUGCAGUAGAGUCCCUGGAGCACCCUCCUUCACCCCAAAGUACUCACCCCCAUAGCCUGUACCACCAGAUGGAGUCCUUUCUCCCUCGCAACCCCCUGUCCUAGCCUUAAGCUGCUCAUCCUUAGCCGCACCCCAGAGCCCGCACCCCCCCAGCCCCAGGCCGGAGUCCCACUCCAUACUCAGAACCCCUUGGCCCCCCCACCAUAUGAACUUUGUUAUGUGCCCAAUUAGCAAGUGACAUGUUAUCUCGCUGGUCAGAGAACAACAUUGAUUCCGCUCAGGGGUGGGAAAAAUGAGAGAGGACGCUGUUCCCGUGUGCUUUAAUUGUGGCUCUGUCCCGAGAUGUUAGAUGCUCCUGGGUGUGUUUGCUCCUCUGGGACUGUUCCUAGAACCACCGCUGCAAGGCAUUCCUUAGCUGGCAGGGCCUUGACUCUCGCCUGGGGGCUGUGCAGAAAACAGCCUUUCUUUUUCUCACAGCCACGCUGCCUCUGUUCUGAGUCUGUCAGUUUUGCUUCAGGAUACUGGGCUAGAUGGACCUUUGGUCUGACCCAGAAUGGCCGUUCUUAUGUUCUUCUUAUGUUCCCUGUCAUCCUGCUGCCACCCACAAAUCCAGAUCGGACCCAGCAGAAUGGGGAGCUAAACUAGAGGACAGAUUCUACAACAACAAAGCUUUCGAGGAGGCUGCAACUGUGAAAGAAGAGGUUAGGGAGUCAGUGAGAGAUCCGGCCAUAGAGUCAGAGCUUGACACACGUGGACUCUACCAAACAAGCACCCAUGAAAUAGAGGAGAAAGCUGCCACAAAAAUCCAGGCUGCUUACAGGGGAUACAGGGUGAGAGAGACAGUGAGGAGAAUGAAGGAACUCGCUCGGGAUGCAGCGAACCCCAAGGAAGAAAGCUAGUGCAGUCCGACCUGCGCCUGCCCCACCCUGGCUUGCAGACUAGAUGCAGGUGACGUUGGUCAGUACUGACUGUAAGUUUAUUUUUGUUGACUAAACAUCACAUUUUCAAACUA